AUGUCUACCGCCAUUAACGGAUUCAGAAAAUGUGGUAUAUGGCCAUAUAAUCAAAAUAAUUUUACCGACGCCGAUUUCAUUUCUGCUGAGACUACGAACAUACAAAAUAUUGCAGACUCGUCGAAAGUAGAACAGCAAGGGGUAUCAGAAGCCGAAGGUCUUCAAUCUGGAACAGUACCAUGUCUGUCUUUAACAACAACAGUCACAACUGUAUCUUCAACGGCCACGAUAUCUUCUCAUACUGAAACUCUUGCAACAUUACCUGAAGCUACAACGACAUCUUCCACUCCACUUAGAACAGAGUUAAUCGCCGAAUGUUACGAAGCACUCACACCGACAGUGGUUAAAACACCCGUCCUCGAACCUGAACCUGGAUGUUCUUAUUCUCCUAAACCAGCAAUUCGUGCAGCGUGCCGCGAUUUAACGUCUAGCUUCGAAAAUGCAUCCCCUAGUGAUAUUUUGCCAAUUCCUUCUGUUCAACGAACUAAAAAUAGGAAACAAUACCGGCGAGGAAAAACAGCCAUAAUUACCUCAACUCCUUAUAAAAAUGAGCUAGAAAAUUUGAAAAAGCCGGGGAAAACAUCCAAUCCUAAUGAUCCUCGCCUCAAAAGGAAUGCUAAAAAUAAACAAAAGACUAAACAGUCAGAUAAAACACAAAAGUGCAAUGAUGAAGAUGUCAUUUGCUUAUAUUGUAAUGAUGUAAACCACAGUUUUUUGACAUCGUUAGAACCUUGGGUAGCCUGCCAGCUCUGUGGACGUUGGGCUCACAAUGCUUGUGCUGGCGUGGACAAUGAAGACCUGGAAGAAAUACACAUUUGUUUGUUUUGUGAGAAUAAUUAG